UUCCUAGCGCGGUAUUUAAACAUUACUUUAUUAUUUUAAUUAACCACGGGAAGUAAACCUUCUACCUGUUCGAACAUGUUGGGUUGUACGUAAACGUGAUAGGUUUUUUUUAUAUAACUCUAUUCAGCGUGUUUGAAAUCAACUAAACCCACAUACAUGACGACGACACAAAGCUACUUGAUGUUUGUGAGACAUUUCAGACAAAAACGUGACAACAAUGUUGAGGUGACAACUUGUUGCUGUUGUUAAAUAAUCGUCCAACUAACCUUCCCGGAGGUCCUCGUCUGCUAAGACGUUGUACGCAGCGUAGUCGUCCACGCCGUGCAUCCGGAGGAUUUGGACCACGGCGUUGCUGAAGCCACACAUGGGCUGCGCCGGUGUCCCCUUCAUGAAGACAACCACCUUGUCCUUCUUCACCACCCCAUCAAGGUCUUUAUGGAGGCCCGCCGCCGUGCACAGAAGCCGGCUUGACGCCGUCCACACGCGUCCUUCGGCGUGUCCCGGUAGGGAGUACGCCGCCCCGGACCGCAUACACCGAGCAGUAUAUCUUAUUAAGCUAUUCAUGGUGUUUAAUCUUUAAAUUGAAGUUAAUUUCUCGGUUGUGAGUCAAAUUUACUUGAAGACAACCCAAAGGGAGCCAGACAAAAAAAAAAACUACGCACGUCUUGAAGAGGCGGGAGCUUAAUGUUCAUUGGCCAGCUGCUUCCAAACAAAGUCUGAAGUGAUUUGCCAUUGGUUUGGACACACGUUCAUCUUAUUGGUUACAACAUCCUUGUUUUACAGUCUUAAAGUCAAUCAAACAUGAAAUGAACGUAAAUAAAAUAGUAAACUAAGUGAAGGGAAGUACAUUUAAUUGAAUUUGAUAUUAUACAAGUCAUUGCUUACGAAAGCGUAUAAUAACUUCCGGGUGGCUUGAGUAAAGCAUAACAGUAGGUGGCGGUAUGCACCUUUGACGUCAUGGUUGCAAACCGCCAUUAAACCAGAAGAAGAAGAAGAAGAAGAAAAGAAGAAGAAGAACAAAGCGGAAGUAGACAACGACUGCAAAAAUGGCGGCGAACGCAGAGAAGAACAACAACAAACCUGCAAAACAAGGAGGAAAAGGGGGGCAACCGUUGGUAAUUGCUAAAACUCUUGCCGAAGAACAACGCCUGAAGUUGGAAAGGUUAAUGCGGAACCCCGACAAACUUGCCCCCAUCCCCGACCGACAGAAAGAAUGGACCCCUCGAGCUCCCCCGGAGUUCGUCCGGGACGUGAUGGGCUCCAGCGCCGGUGCGGGCAGUGGCGAGUUCCACGUUUACCGUCAUCUCCGAAGGCGGGAAUACCAAAGGCAAGACUUUCUGGACAAAAUGUCCGCCAAGCAAAAGAAAGAGCAAGCCUAUUUGGAUAAAGUAGAGCAAAACAAGCUGGACGCCGCGGAGAGGACGGCGAAGCGCAGGAAGAAGCGGGAAAAACUGAAGCAAAAGAAGCUCAUGGCAAAGAAAGCCAAACAAGACUCGAAAGCUGAUGAAGAAGCGGAGAGCAGCUCGUCUCACAGUGAGGAAGAGAAGGAGCAGGAAGAAGAGAAAGAGGCUGAUGAUGACGCCGAGGUCCCAAGCUUCAUCAUGGGGAAGAAAUGAUUCUAUCUAAGGGUGGUGUCCAAAGUCUGGCUUGGGGCCAUUUUCGGACCGGAAGUACUUUUAUUAUUUGCCCGCCACAACAGCAAAAAUGCAUAUUAUAAGGAGAGAAUUAGACACUUUUGUCCUGGACAGUCUUUUGCAAGGACUAGCAGUUAUUGUUGGUGACAUUGUGGACGCACAUGACCAUAAUAUAGUAGCAACUAUGCAGCCUAUUUGAAUUGGCAUGAAGUUGGACUUGGCUGACUUGAGUGAAAUCAAACGUUUUUAGACUUAAUUUGUUGCAAAUAACAUUUUAAAUAAAAUAUCUAAUGUGAAACAUACA